AUGCUUUCAUCAACCAAACCGCAGACCUCAUCAUCACUCUCGGACAGUGACGAGCAUUUAAAAGUUUAUUUGAACGUUUAUGAUUUACAAAAGAGCACUAAUGUGAUUCAGCAUUCUCUAGGAUUGGGCUCUUAUCACAGUGGAGUUGUGAUCAGAAAUACCGAAUACACUUUUUCUGCUGACUCGGGAGUAUUCAGCCACAAACCAAAAGACAUUCCGGCCACAUUUUUAGAAUCAAUUUAUAUGGGUAAAACAGAAGUGGAAUCUGUGGCAGAAUUGAAUGAAAUCAUCAAUGAGUUGAAGAAAGAAUUUAAACCUUCUGAAUACAAUCCGUUAAAGAAAAAUUGUAAUCAUUUUUCUAACGCGCUAUGUCAAAGAUUAUUGGACGGAAAAACAAUUCCUGGUUGGGUCAACAGAUCGGCUGGUAUUGGUUCAUUCUUCUCUCGAUUCUUGCCCAAAUCUACUGAGAAAAAUUUAAUUGAAAGCUCGGAAGCCAAGCAAAUUAUGGACUCAGUCAAAAUGGAAAAAUAUGAAAAUGAAAACAUUUAUACAAGCCUCAAUAACAUUGUAAAUAUGAGCGCUAUUGAAUGUUUGAAUCAAAGGAAACCUAAUAUUGUACAAAAUAUGUUUGAAAUGAGUGACAAGAAAUACUUAGAGAGCGAUGCUGACGAACAACUAAUUAUUAGAAUUCCUUUCAAGACUCCUGUAAAUAUAACAGCCAUCAUUUUAAAGGCAACCAAUAAGCUCAAAUGUCCAAGAGAAAUAUUACUGUUUACCAAGACUGGUAUGAUCGUAGAUUUCGACAAUGCUGAAAGUGUUGAACCGACCCAGGUCAUCGAAAUUGAUCCUGACGCUGCAGUUAAUGGAGUUGCCAUUCCUCUUAAAAUUGUGAAAUUUAAGAAUGUCAAUAUGUUGCAGCUAUUUGUGAGUAACAAUUAUGGGGACAACACUACCAUUAUUAAUCAUUUGAAUAUUAUUGGAAAACCAGUGGCUACAGUGGAUUUGAACAAGUUGCAACAAAAUGCACCUGGAUGCUCUUCUUGUUCUGGAGGUGGUUGCUGUAAUUAA